AUGGCAACGAGUACAUCGCAAGCUUCGCCGACAGUAGUAUCGCAAACCACGGCAUCGACGCUUGUUCCGAGCGAUGCCCCGGCUAUCAACGCGCAACCUGUUGAGUUGGAUGCUAGUGCGAGUGUGACGCCUGAGGAGGUGAGGAGGCGACGAGGGAGUGAGAUUCGUGGGGGGAGUGAGAAGAGAGACGAGAUUGUUGCGCAGAGAAAAAGGGAUCCGGGGGUUAUUGUUGAUGUGCCGGGGGGAUUGACGGCGGAGGAGGUGGAGGCGGUGGGGAAGGUGGUGAGGUAG